GUGAUUUGAAGAACAAAAAAAACAAUCGAUCAACCAAAAUGAGUGAACCACAAGUGAAAAAGAGCAAAGUUGUCUCUGCAUUGGACCAAUUGAAAACGAUGACGACCAUCGUGGCUGAUACCGGUGACUUUGAGGCUAUGAAAGCGCACAAGCCAACCGAUGCCACCACAAAUCCAUCGUUGAUUCUAUCAGCCGCCCAACAAGAGCAAUAUCAACAUCUCAUCGAACGUGCCAUUAAGCAUGGUAACAAAACAGGAACAACCGUUGACGAGAAAAUCGCCGAGGCUUUCGACUAUUUGUCUGUGCUGUUCGGUGUGGAAAUCUUGAAAAUUGUACCAGGCCGUGUAUCAACCGAGGUGGAUGCCCGUCUAUCGUUCGAUAAGCAAGCCAGUAUUGACAAGGCGUUGAAAUUGAUUGCAAUGUACGAAGAGUUGGGCAUCGAUCGCAACCGAAUUCUAAUCAAAUUGGCAUCGACGUGGGAGGGAAUCCAAGCAGCUAAGACUUUGGAAAAGGAACAUAACAUCCACUGCAAUUUAACUUUGCUGUUUUCAUUUGCACAAGCUGUUGCGUGUGCCGAGGCUGGUGUAACAUUGAUCUCACCAUUUGUGGGCCGUAUUUUGGAUUGGCACGUUGCCAAUACAGAUACCAAACAAUACGCACCAAAUGAAGAUCCAGGCGUUGUUUCCGUUACACAAAUCUACAACUAUUACAAAAAGUUCGAUUAUAAAACGGUUGUGAUGGGAGCAUCGUUCCGUAAUACCGGCGAAGUGACUGCAUUGGCUGGUUGUGAUUUGCUUACCAUAAGCCCAAAAUUGUUGGCCGAUUUGGCUGUCAGCAAUGCACUAGUUGCCCGUCAAUUAGAUCCAGUCGAUGCGAAAAAGGCCAAAAUCGAAAAAUUGGAACUCGACGAAGCUAAAUUCCGUUGGCUGUUGAACGAAGAUCAAAUGUCCACGGAUAAGCUGUCAGAUGGCAUUCGUAAAUUUGCUGUUGACGCGCGAAAAUUGGAAAAACUUCUUGCCGGCUACUUUGCCGAAUCGAAAUAAGCGAAAAUGUUGAAGAAGAAUAUGAAGGUGACGACGAUGGCGACGACGACGGCGACGACAACGACGAUGGAUGGAGGUGACAGCACUCACUCAUUCACACACAAUACACACAUUCAUUCGCUCAAAUGAAUCAAGAAAUUAGAUAUGUUACAUACGAAGAAAAAACCUAUUCAACAAACGACAUCCGCCGUCGUUCCGCAAUAGCACAUCGAAUCGCGGAGCCUAUAUUGUUAUCAUACAAUCGAAGUGCUUAACACCAAUUUCUUCCUCUUCAAUUAGCUUUUUCUACCGAUUUCACAUUCCUCUUACAAUGAUGAACAAUAAAUGAUUUGAUUGAUAUCUAUUUUUGGUACAAAAA